AUGCGGGAUAGUUCGCUCAAGCGCUCUCUCGGGGUGGACCUCACCCGAUCCAUCAAGGAGUCUCGUGUCUUACUUGUCGGCGCAGGCGGCAUCGGCUGUGAGCUCCUCAAAAACCUUGUCCUAAACGGGUUUGGCGAAGUCCAUAUCAUCGAUCUCGAUACGAUUGAUCUGAGCAACCUCAAUCGCCAAUUCCUCUUUCGUCAUGAGCAUAUCAAGAAAUCGAAAGCCCUGGUUGCCAAAGAGGUUGCGCAAAGGUUCCGGCCGGACGCUAAGCUUGAAGCCCACCAUGCCAAUAUCAUGGAUCCCCAAUUCAACGUCUCUUGGUUUGGGUCCUUCAACAUCGUGUUCAAUGCGCUGGACAAUCUCGCCGCAAGACGCUAUGUGAACAAGAUGUGCCUUCGCGCCGAUGUGCCUCUAAUUGAGAGCGGAACUAUGGGUUUCAAUGGCCAGGUCCAGGUUAUCAAGAAGGCUGUAACAGAAUGCUACGACUGCACCGCGAAGGAAGUUCCAAAGUCUUUCCCAGUGUGUACAAUCCGCAGCACUCCCAGUCAACCUAUUCAUUGCAUCGUCUGGGCAAAAAGCUUCCUCUUGCCGGAAUUGUUCGGGCACAGCGAAGACGAAGCAGCAGACGUAGACAAUUCUGAAAACGCAGAAAACGCAAAUGAAAUCGAGGAGUUGCGCAAGGAAGCCCUGGAGCUCAAAGCCCUGCGUGAAUCCAUCGGAACCGAGGAAGCAUACCAAAAUGUGUUUGACAAAGUCUUCGGAAGAGACGUAGAGCGUUUGCGCGGCAUGAAAGAUAUGUGGAAGAUACGAGAGGCACCAGAACUUCUUGACUCGGCUCAACUUCGAGAAGAGUCCGCAUCGAUCGAUCCACGGAUCUCUACCCAGGACCAAAAAGCAUGGUCAUUGGCGGAGAAUUUCGCUGUUUUCAAGGAUAGUUUAAAACGUCUCAGUCAACGUCUGAAGGAACUACAAACAAACACUCCGUCAAAUCAACCUCCUCCGAUCCUGACCUUCGACAAGGAUGAUGUGGACACCUUAGACUUUGUGACAGCGACGGCUAAUCUCCGAGCGGCUAUCUUCCACAUAGAAACCAAGUCUAAAUUUGAUAUCAAGCGUGAGUCCAUCUUAAUGAUAUGUCGUUCUGAGGAUACCAUGGUUAACAAAACUUCUUCAGAAAUGGCCGGUAACAUCAUUCCUGCUAUCGCUACCACUAAUGCUAUGACAGCUGGACUAUGUGUGCUCCAGUCAUUCAAAGUAUUCCAAAAUGACCUUGAGCAUGCCAAAACGGUGUUCUUAGAGAGGUCCGGUGCCCGUGCGAUCAAUUCUGAAUCACUGAACCCGCCAAAGCCCGAUUGUUCAACUUGUUCUUUUGCGCUGGUUCGGGUGGAAAUUGACCCUGCGCUGGCAACUUUUAACCACCUUGUUGAAAGUGUUCUUGAAAAGGAGCUGGGCUAUGACAAAGAACUCACCAUUGCCAUAGGUAACGAAAUGAUCUACGAUCCUGACUUUGAUGACAACUUGAAAAAGAAGUUGUCCGAUUUUGGGGUCUCCAACGAGAGCAUCAUCACGGUGACGGAUGACAACGACACAGACACUCGAGUGAACCUUGAGAUAUUGAUCGUGGAAAGAACCGAGCCAUCUUCCGCGGAAUCUGAGCCUGUGAAACUGUUGCAGGCAGUCGAGAUUCCCUUGAAGCCCCAGCCGCCUGCUCAACCUUCCCCUGAACCUACUGUAACUACAGACGGCACAUCCGUCACAGGAAAGCGCAAGCGCGAAGGCGAAGGCACUGACGAUCUGGAGGCUCAAAACGAACACAACGCUAAACGCCUUGCCAGUGCAUCCAUUCCUGACACCGAAAGCAAUGAGCCUAUUGUUCUCGACGAUGACGAAGAAGGUGCCAUCUUGAUUGAUGAUUAA